AUGCGCUUCAACGUCAUCGGCCUCUCGGCCCUUCUGGCAGCUACUGCCACUGCUCUCCCCGUCGCCAUUCCCGACGUCCAAACUGUCCAGAAUGUCGUCUGGGAGACCGUCUAUGAGACCGUCUACCAAACUGCUACCCCGACCAGCGAGGUUGCUCUCUCUGAGCCCACUGCUCCCCUCGCUGUCGAGAACUUUGCCGUUCCUUCUGCUUCUAGCACCGAGACUCCUACUGUCGCCCCUGCUACCACCGCUGUCCCUACCACCAGUGUCCCCACCCUGAACGUCCCCAGCACAACCAGCGCCCCCGCCGUUGUGCCCACUCCCACCAAUGUCGCCAGCACCAGCACCCUGGUCCCCAGCACUUCCAGCAGCGCACCCAGCGCUACUGGCAGCGGUCUGAGCAUCCAGAACAACCUUGACGAGACCGUCUACCUGUGGGUCGUCACCGAGACCCAGGGUGAGAUGCAGACCCUCAAGUCUGGCGAGACCUUCGACGGCCACACCUGGUUGACCAACUCCAACGGCGGUGGUAUCUCCAUCAAGAUGUCCACCAGUGAGCUUUGCGACAGCGUGCUGCAGUUCGAGUACACCCAAUCCGGCAACGUCCUCUUCUGGGAUCUGUCUUCCAUCAACCUCAUCAAGACUUCUUCCUUCGUGACUGCCGGAUUCGGAGUCACCAUCAGCGACAGCUCUUGCAAGUCUGCUACCUGCGCUGCUGGUGAUGCCAACUGCAUCGAAUCCUACCAGCACCCCGACGAUGUCAACACCUUGGCUUGCACCGUCGAUGCUGCGUACACCCUCACUCUCGGUUAG